AAUCCAGUCCUGUUCCAUAAGUUUAUUUUUUAAAUAAUUAUUUUGAAGCAAUGGUUGAAAAGCAAUGUCUGACUUUAAUUGGUUAAAUUUCAUAGAAUUUUUAUUUAUUGUAACUUUUGUCAGGUUCAAGUUGUUUGUGACCAUCGUGGGUUUUUCUUUAACUGACCGGAGGGUAUCAACAAUUUUGUCCACGCUUGUUUUCACUCCAAAGACAAGCAAAGCCGUUGUUUACCGGUGAUUUGACGGGCGCUCACCUGUAGUGACGUAAGCAGGACAGGCAGCGAACUGUGACGGAGGGCGGCGGAAGUCGACAGCCGCUGUUAUCUGCUCAGCUCGUGCAGAACCGCCGGACUGACCCGAAUCUCAGAACUGGGCAGCCGCGCUCGGAGGCGCACCUCUCAGGUGUUGAAGGACUCAGCUGCAGGACACUGUCUCGUGGUGAAUCAGAGACCUGCAUGGACAACCAGAACCCUCAAAUGGAGACUCGCUUCUCCACGGAACUUCAUAUAUAUGAGCCGGGUGAUGAAGGUUACCCCUCAGAAAGCCCUCCAGCUCCCCUGGCUGAAGCAUCCACCCCUCCAGGUGAACCCCAGAAGGAGGAGGACACGGUGGAUAGAGCCGCAGUGCCUCAGCAGGUAGUUUUGAGCACCAAGAGCGCCGCAGCAAAGAAGUUUGGCACCUUCCAGCUGAUUCCCAAGAACUUAGCAGCGACCAGCCGACCUAAAAACCGACACCACACCACUGUGGUGAUGUUCCCACUGGGACCGGAGAAGUCCAGCAAUGAGAACCGCAGCAGCUGCUCAGCCCUCGAGGCAGAUGCACGGUGGGAAGAUUGUGAAAGUGAUGGAGAGGGCUCGGCUUUCAGGAGGAACCGGAAUAAGUCGUACAGAGCAGCGGUGACCAGUCUGGACAUUGAAGCCAUGGUGGCAGGACGAAAGGCCCCCGCUACUCUGAAACCCGUAGAUGAAAAUAGAGCGAGCAGCCCUGGACCCACUCGUAGCGCUAGACGCAAGCGAACCCUGGGGAGAAAGAGGAACCAGCGUGGAUCAUUCAAAGACGCGACGCCGUGCCUCUAUCAGGAGAUCCGUGAGCGCGGGCUGCAUUCCACCAGCCAGGAUGAGUCGCUGGAAGACUUUGUGGUGGUGGAGCUUCCUGUAGAGGACCAGGGCAUUGUGGUGAAGAGCUACAAGCAGGCACAGCUCACCUGGAGCCAGCUGCCACAGGUGACAGAAUCGGAUAUUCUAAAAACAAUCACACCUCUGGAGAGAAAGAGACAAGAAGCCAUUUUUGAGAUAAUCACCUCAGAGCAUUCAUACCUGCACAGCCUCGGCAUCUUAGUGCGUCACUUCAAAGACAGUGAAGCACUGAGGAAAACGAUGACCGCCACAGAGCAUCAUCACCUUUUCUCCAACAUAUCAGUCAUCCACAAAAUCAGCCACAGGUUUUUCCAGGACCUGGAACAACGUCACAACGAGCAGCUGAUGAUUCGGGACAUCAGCGACAUUGUGCAGAACCACGCCGCGCACCACUUUGAUCCCUACAUCGUCUACUGCUCCAAUGAGACGUUUCAACAGAGGACACUUCAGAAGCUGCUGAACAAUAACGCUGCGUUUAAAGAGACUCUGAAGCAGAUCGAGUCGAACAGCGAAUGCGGAGGCCUCCCCAUGCUCUCAUUCCUCAUCCUGCCCAUGCAGAGAGUCACCAGGCUGCCGCUGCUGCUCGAUACAAUCUGUCAGAAAACUCCAGCACAGACAGCGGAGUAUUUUUCUGCUGUUUGGGCACUGAAUGCCAUGAGUAAGUUGGUCACAAGCUGCAACGACGGUGCAAGGCGGAUGGAGAGGACGGAGCAGAUGUACACGAUCCAGAAACAGAUGGAUUUUGGAAAAAUAAAGCCUUUCCCGCUGAUUUCAUCAUCACGAUGGCUGAAGAAGCGAGGAGAGCUCUCCAUCUCCAGCGAGGAGCUCAGCAUAUGGAGAGCGUUCAGCAACAGGAGCUACUACCUGUUUCUCUUCUCUGAUGUACUCAUCAUCACCAGGAAGAAGACAGAGGAGAGCUUCGUGGUGCUGGACUACGCCACUCUGGAGAACGUGGAGGUGGAGUUAGGGGAGGAUGCAGAAGUACGAGGAGUGUCACCUACAAAAUACAACUCCAACCAGCUUUCCUUCAGACUGAGGAUGAGUAAGAACAGCGAGGGGAAGUCAGAGCAAACCUCUCUGGUGGCUGACUCCAGGGUGGACCGAGCUCGCUGGAUAAUUGCACUGAGAGGGAAGCAGACCAGUUUUACCUGCACAAACGGUUCACCACAGUAUGAAGCCACCAAAGCUUACAUCCCCAAAGAGCCAGAUGAACUGAGUUUGCGGCAGGCUGAGCUCGUCAUAGUUCUGCAAAAGGAGGAGGAUUGGUGCUACGGGGAGAGGAUGCGGGAUGGUGAGAGAGGCUGGUUUCCUGCUAACUGUGCCACAGAGAUCACCGACCCCACCGCCAUGGAGAAUAACGUACAACGUAUGAAGCGCCUGCGCAAGGAAACCAAUGUUUGAUCAACUGUCAGGGUUUUGCUUGGACAGACUUGUAGAUAAAUUACACUGAGCCCCAGAUGUCCAUAACUAGACUGAAAGAUGUUUAUUAGCUGAAUGUUGCCAUAAAAUUUGAUGUAGUCAGUUUAUAAAACAGUUAAUGGUUCAAACAUCUUCAUUAAACUACUCCUAUAUUGUGCCUGUAUAAAUAAUAAAAUCCACCAGACACAUUUUCUGGUUUCUGGAGUUUUAUUUGAGCUUGCAUUUUGUUAAAAUGUCUGAAUACAUAAAAAGUUAUUUAAAAAUGUCAAACUGACCAGAUAUCAAAUUUCAUUUUUAAUCAUCUUUAAAAACCAUUUGGUGUAAAAACUUAGGACAGAUUUAGAAAAACAUUUGUUGUUUCCCCAAAACGUUUUGUAGCUGCAAGUAAAAAUAAUGGGAAAGAAAAACAAGUCUGCAUAGAUUCUGCAGGCAAUCGGUGGUAAUCUGGUCAAACGCGUGGUGCAAGCUUGUGACGAUCUUAAAAGUCAAAUCUUUAUUGCUCGGAUCUUGUUUGAUGUUUCUUCUUGUUGACAAAAGAAAAACUGUUGAAAAGAAACAUAAUUUAGUCGACAUGCACCAUGAACAUCAAAUGCUUAAUGAGCUUCUGCUCACCCGGACGAUGGUAAAAGAUGGUAGGUGCCGGUGGGCAGGUUCACUACUCAGCCCCACCCUGCUGGGCCUCGGGAGCGGACGUUUUCUCUGCAGGUGGGUCGCCUCCUGUCUUGGCCUCCUUGUUUUCCUGGCCUGGUUUGCCACCAGUCUGUUGGCGUCUGCGGCGGUAGUUGUAGUUACGGCGGUAGCGCCUCUGGCGGGGCUGUUGAUUCUGACCACCUUCACCGCCCUGAUUUUCUUUGUCCUCCUCGCCGUCUCGCACCGGUCUGGGACGGGGUGGACCCCUGGAGCACAGAGACCGUCAUGAGAACGAUUCAGAAAAUCGGGGUAAAGAUUGCAUUAACUGCAGAUGCUGGAUGAAGUUUCAAAGACAUGCAAAUAUAAAUAAAAUGAAUGCACAGCAGCAAUUUGAGGUUGGGCUGCAACAACAGAAGUUUGUAAUGUGACGUUUUGUCAUCACUUCAAAUUUUUAAAAUGAAGCUCCAGUGGACCCAGAGCUUCACCAACUACUCCAGUUUUUGCCAACCCUUCAUCAAUAAAGCCAACAUGCAAACCUUGGUGUGAACCUUGGUCGGAAGCCUCUGUAGUAGUUCUGCCUCGCCGGUUUGUUCCCCUGGUCUGGACCUCCUUGGCCCUCAUCAACCUCACCUCC